GUUGUUGGGGAAUCCGGAGUUUGCACUCCGCUGGCCCGUGCGUCAGUUAUGCACUAAGGUACGUAACGGAGUACCUUAUCAGAGGUUAUGCACAUCUCGGAGCACGAGCCUUGCGCGACGCAAGUCAAGCCCCGUCUUCACCAGCCCAAGUGCGCGACCAGGAAAGCCCGCUUGCCGCUUUGCCCGGGUGCAACGUCGUCGACGAUCAAUUGAGCACCGAUUGCAUCCCGCAGGCCAGUUCGUCGACCGAUCUGCCCAACAUGUCUGGCAGAUAUGCUUUCGCCAAGGGCCUAAAGGAGCUGCGCUUCCUCUUCUGCCAGACUGCCGAGCACAGCGCCGCGACGAGGUCCUUUCUCACACGAGCCUACCCCAUCAUGAAGAAGAACAACCCGUCGAUACCGAUCCUGCUCCGCGAAGCCCAGGGCACCCUCCCCCGGGUCUACGCGCGAUACGAGUUCGGCAAGGAGACAAGCGAGUCAUUAGAAGGGCUCUCCGAUAAGCAGAUCGAGGAGACAGUUACAAAGCUCGUCAAGGAAUGAGGGCAUUGUACGGUAUCACAAUCCAAAGAAAGGCGAUGGUGUUGUUGCGGGCAUAGCG